AGCCUCACCAGUUUCAGCGCUCCACUUCAGGAUGAGACUCUGAGAGAGAGAGAGAGAGAGCUCAGUUAGCUAUGCUCGUAUAAAUAGUCAAAAAGAUACCAUUAAUCACAUACAUACGCCUUCAGGUUCAGGUUUUCUCGAUCGCGCAAUCAUUUGGAAGGAAGUUACCGCGCGAGACCAUCUAGGAAGAGAUGUCAAAGCAAGCUUACAAGGUAUGUUGCUGCUUCCGAAGGAGAUUCAAGUUCAGAGAAGCUGAAGCGCCUGAUGAGAUCAAAGCUUUGUUUGGGAGGUACUCAGAAAAUGGUCUGAUGACGGUUGAUCACCUGCACAAGUUCUUGAAGGAGGUCCAGGGUGAAGAGACGGUCACCAUGGAAGAAGCAGAAUCUGCAAUGGAAUCCAUCAUCAAAGACCUCAAACAUCUCCACGUCUUCCACCGCAAAGUUCUCAACCUGGAAGCCUUCUUUCGGUACCUCUUCGGUGAUGCUAAUUACCCUCUCAUCUCCUCCAAUAAGGUGCACCAUGACAUGACUGCUCCGCUGUCGCAUUAUUUCGUGUAUACGAGUCACAAUUCCUACCUGACGGGAAACCAAAUCAGUAGCGAUUGCAGUGAUGUCCCGAUUAUAAAAGCACUGGAGAAAGGCGUAAGAGUUAUUGAGUUAGAUAUGUGGCCGAAUUCCACUAAAGACAAUGUGGAUAUCUAUCAUGGGAGGACGCUAACAACACCAGUGGAUCUUAUCAAGUGUUUAAGUUCGAUAAGGAAGCAUGCUUUUGUUGCGUCUGAGUUUCCAGUAAUUUUAACUCUAGAGGACCAUCUCACUCCAGAUCUUCAAGCUAAAGUAGCAGAGAUGGUCACCCACACAUUUGGAGAUGUACUCUUCUCCUCGGGGUCCGAGUGCUCCUCGGAAUUCCCCUCUCCAGAGUCCCUGAAGAGAAAAAUUAUCAUUUCAACGAAGCCCCCAAAGGAGUAUCUUGAAACUAAGAGCAUAAAGGAGAGAGAUGAUCACUCUCGCAAGGCAAAAAAUUUGUCAGAAGAAGCAGCCUGGGGAAAGGAAGUCUCAGAUAUUGCAGAUCACUUAAAAAUCCGCAAUGAGCUGCAGAACGAACCAGAUGAUGGAGAAUUUCAAGAUGAGGAAGAUGCUCAUGAAGAUAUUCAAGAGCUCCAGCAAAAUGCAGCACCAAAGUACAAGAAUCUAAUUGCAAUCCAUGCACGAAAGAGAAAAGGUGGGAUCAAAGACUGGCUGAAGAUAGAUCCUAACAAUGUUACACGUAUCAGCUUGAGUGAAGAAAAGUUUGAAAAAGCCGUAUUAUCUCAUGGAGGAGAUAUUGUCAGGUUCACUCAGAGAAACUUGCUGAGAAUAUUUCCAAAAGCUAUGCGGCUUGACUCCUCAAAUUACAAUCCCCUAAUCGGUUGGACACAUGGAGCUCAAAUGGUCGCACUCAAUAUGCAGGGAUAUGGCAGGUACCUUUGGCUGAUGCAAGGAUUGUUCAGAGCAAAUGGUGGGUGUGGCUAUGUGAAAAAACCAGAUAUUCUACUGCAGAUUGGUCCGCACAAUGAGGUAUUUGAUCCUAAAAGGGCUUUGCCUGUGAAGAAGACUUUAAAGGUUAAAGUUUAUAUGGGUGAUGGAUGGAAUUUGGACUUCCAUCACACACAUUUCGACAUGUAUUCUCCGCCUGACUUUUAUGUGAAGGUUGGAAUUGCUGGAGUUUCUGAUGAUUCAGCUGUUAAGAAGACCAAGAUAGUGGAAGACAACUGGGUUCCGACAUGGGAAGAAGAGUUUGAGUUCCAGUUGAGGGUUCCAGAACUUGCAUUGCUCCGGAUUGAAGUUCACGAGUAUGAUAUGUCAGAGAAGGAUGAUUUUGGAGGCCAAACCUGUCUUCCUGUUUCAGAGUUGAGAGAAGGAAUCCGUGGUGUACCUCUUUACAAUCAGAAGGGAGAAAAAUACAAAUCCGUGAAAUUGCUCAUGCGCUUUGAUUUUCUGUGAAAUCAAACAUUUGAAAAAAUUUCCUUCAGAAGCCACUUAUAAUUAAGCUGAAUAAGGGGGACCUGAUCCUCGGUGCAGGCACUGUAUAUAGGGAUUUGUAUCUCUUUUUUGCAGUGAACUUUGGUUCACAUCUAUUAAUUCAUAAGAAAGCUGCCUUUCCACCUUCUGAUACCCCAUACUCUCGAUCAUGUAAAAAAUUAGUCUUGUUCAUGUGCAAAUCAUCUAUUGGUUGC